CUAUCUUGGGUGCUGCCGGGAAGGAGGCGGGAUGAUGGACCCGAUCCUUUACGUAGUGGCAGCGAUACUGCUUAUUGCCCUUAUCAUUUUUGUGACCCGAAUCCGGGAACAGGCGGCAGCAGGAGAUCAGCACAAUGUGGAGCCAGUGGCUGUCGGGGGGCUGCGGCCCCAGCUUCUUGGACAGGAAACCGAGAGGGCCGAAGGGAGGCCCCGGCGCCGGCGAGACAUGGGGAGCAGGCUGCAGGCCCAGCGCCGGGCCCAGCGGGCCGAGGAAGAGGUUGAGGAAGUGAUAGAAGCCCAGGAUGAAGAAAGCGGCGAUGAGCCUGCAGAAAUCCAGCCGUUGGGAAAAAUUGGCGCCAAGAAGCAGAGGAAGCUGGAGGAGAAGCAGGCCAGGAAAGCCCAGCGGGAGGCAGAAGAAGCUGAGCGCGAGGAGCGGCGCCGACUAGAAUCCAAGCGGGAGGAGGAGCGGAAGAAAGAGGAGGAGCGCCUGCGCCUUGAGGAGGAGCGCAAGGAAGCCGAGGAAAGGAAGGCCCGGGAGGAGCAGGAGCAGCGUGAGCAUGAGGAGUACCUGAAACUGAAGGAGGCCUUUGUGGUGGAGGAGGAGGGGGAGGCUGAGACCAUGACGGAGGAGCAGUCUCGGAGCUUCCUGACCGAGUUCAUCACUUACAUUAAGCAGGCAAAAGUUGUGCUCUUGGAGGACCUCGCAUCUCAUGUGGGCCUUCGGACCCAGGACGCUAUUAACCGAGUGCAGGACCUGUUGGCCGAUGGCACGCUGACAGGGGUGAUUGAUGACCGCGGCAAGUUCAUCUACAUCACGCCCGAGGAGAUGGCCGCCGUGGCGCAGUUCAUCCGCCAGCGAGGUCGCGUGUCCAUCUCUGAGCUUGCGCAGGCCAGCAAUUCCCUCAUCACGCUGACCCCGGAGACUCCUUCCCAAAUCCCAGCCUAACCGGAGGUCUGCCCUGCGCGGCCAGCCCCCUCACCUUGCUUUCUGAUGUGAGUUGCCUGGCAGAUUAAAGAGACUGAAGCAGUG